AAUAUUCAAAAUAUUAUGAAAAAAUUGCUACUUCAAAUCAAAAAAUUAAAAUAUUUGAAUCUCAAAAAUUGAGAUGUGCUACGCAAAUUGGGACGGAGGGAGUAUAUAUUAGCCCUCUGAUCCUCCAAUUGUGCCGUUUCCAACGGUCACAUGCGGCAACUCGCUCCCAACUCAUCGGAAAUGAGUGCGUCACAAUCACCGAGUCACACCCCUCCUCCUGAGAUCCCAUUAGAGAUAAUCAGUGAAGAAGAAAUGGCCAUAAUCGAAGCCGCCUUUGCAGCAGCAGCCACGCGCUCUCUAGUUUCUUCACGCGCUUCUGCUUCUUCUUCAUCUGCCUCAUCGGCCGCGUCUUUUCAGAAAAAUGUUAGGUCGAUUAAGUCUAUUACUCUGUUAUCCAAACGGAGUUUUUCGAAUUCUUCUUGUUCGCAAAGUGAUACGGGAGUUAUUGUUGAUGUAGAAGAUUCUGGAAGGUUGAUGACUCAGAAGAGGAAUAGAAUUGUUGAUUCGUUGUUGCAUCGGUAUCGGAGGAACAGAGGAUUGACUGUUACUGAUAUUACUGCUACUGAAUGGUGUGAAAAGAAGAUGGAGUAUACUCUUCUUUGUGGCAAACCAGAAAAGACCAAAGCUAUGAAGGCUGGUAGCAUUCGUCAUGAAGCACUUGAAGAAGAGGUGAUCAAAAAGGUAAAAGUUCAUGUUGCGUCAGCUGAAGAUGUAUGGGCAUUAAAGUUCUUAAAUUUCAUCGUUGGUGCCAAUCAAUUGUUAUUUGAUGGAUUAACUCGUGAAUUGCCCUUAGUAGGUUUUGCUGAAGGUGUGUGGAUGGUCGGAAUUAUUGAUGAGAUACGAAUACCGAAAGGACAAAGUGAUGCAUAUCCAAUGUUAGUUGACACAAAAACCCGAGUGAGAGCUAGCCUCCCUUCUGAACCGCAACGAAGGAAUGGAAGGCUUCAGCUAAUGUGCUACAAACAUUUGUGGGACAGCUUGGUGGAUGAUGACUUCCCGUCCAGACAGUUUUUUGAGUUCUUCUCUCUGAAUCCUAAUCGCAUUUUAUCUGCAGAAAUCAGAGAAAAUACUGCCAAAUGUGGUUUCCCUGCAGAGACUCUCACUGAUAUGUUGAGGUACUCUCGUAAUACUUGGUGCAUGCUUCCACCAGCACAUGAGCAACUACUGUUGAGAAACAUGAAGCCCAACUUGAACAGAGUUCUUUUGCAAAAGAAUGGAUAUCAAGGUAUGAAUUACAAGAAGAUCAAUCAUUCCUUGGUGAAGAUCAGUUUGAUUAUGAUCUUGACUGGGUUAAGGGUCAAAUAAAGUCUUCGUUAGAGGUAUGGCGAGGAGAAAGAGAAGCCAAUUACACCCCUGAAGACGAGCGCUGGAAAUGUAGGUCUUGCAAGUUUGCUUCUGAAUGUCCAGCCAGCAAUUCUGGCUCUCCAGGAGGAAAGGACACUGAAGGCUAACUGCUAAGUUUGGCAAGACUUGCUUCCAACUAGUUCCUUAAUAAAUGUUCACGUGUCGCGCAGAUGCAACAUUGGAACUCUCCAUAUCAACCCUGACAGGUAACUUGGGGAAUAGAUAGUAUAAAAUUUAUUUGCAUGGUCCGUGAAUAUAACUUAAAACUCUUAACAAACUUGGGAUUACACGGAGAAGCCAGCAGUAUCUGUACUCCUACAUGUAGGACAUUCUGAACCUGAAAAUUCAUUGUUGUACCAAUUCUUGUUUUUUCCAUUGUAAGUUGAUUCAUUUUAUGUUGUAAUUGUCGUUGAGCCUCGAUUCAUUGUUGUUUGUAAUGUCAAAGCUAUUGAAAUGAUCUCUGUGAUUGAUAUAUGUUUGAUAUAGGUACGAUGUUGAUUAUAUUUGGUAAAUAAUAAUUUAGAUAUUGUUUGGUGAA